GAGGGAGUGAGACAUGCAGAAAGAGAAAAGACUAACAGGCUGACAAGCAACAAGCAAUAUGUCUGGUCCAAGAAUUCAGAGACUAUGUGUUCUUCUCUUGACCAUUUGUACCCUCGCUGUCCCGGUGCUAGGAGGUUCCAUAGCUCGCAGACAAGCUGAUGAUGCAGACACCACCCCUGCAGCAGAUGAUGCUGAUAGUAAAGUCUCACCAACCCCUGCUGGAGACUGUAAGGAGGUUGAGUAUCCGUGCACGCGAGUGUACUCUGUACAGAAGCCUGUCAAGCAGUGUAUCAGCUACCUUUGUGUUACCAGCGUGCGCCGUGUUUAUAUGGUGAACAAGGAAAUCUGCAAGCGCAUCAUGUGUAAGGAGGAUGAACUGAUUCAGGAUGAGAAGUGCCGGCAGCUGGCCGGCCUCCCUCCUCGCCGUUUACCCCAUCCUGACACCGCAGAAGACUCUCCAACACCUGCACCAGAAACCAAUUAAGAAGAAAAUAAAGCACCCCAGAUUAUCACCACCAAACACUGUACUCCACCUUCCCAUAUCUACCCCCAGUAGCAAUUCCCCAGAAUAUUUAACCCUCCAUCCUAUUAACUGUUCUUCAAUAGUUUUCUUACAAAAUACUGUACCCCAUAUUGUAAUACCUGAUACUACUGGGUCUCUCUAGAUUAUUGUAUUUUACUUUCUGAAUACUGCACCAAAAUAUGCACUCACUGCACCACCAAAUAUGCACACCAGAGUAUUGCACCACCAAAUAUGCACUCAGUGCACCAUCAAAUAUGCACAACAGAGCACUGCACCCUAACUAUGCACACCAGACUACUGCACCCCAAAUAUGCACUCACUGCACCAUCAAAUAUGCACAACAGAGCACUGCACCCCAACUAUGCAAACCAGACCACUGCACCCCAAAUAUGCACACUACCUUAUUGUACCACAAAAUAUACAAUAAAUGUGAACACCAUAACAAUAUACCACAAAUGUGCACACAGAACGCCUCACUCUAGUAUGUACACAUGAAAAUACAGCACCCCCAAAUAUGCACACUUCAGUACUGCACCCACAUAUCUGUACACUACCAAAAUGCACCAAAUGCACACCAUACCACAAAUAUGCACACCAACAUGCAAAAGAAAAAAAACAAAUGUGCACCCCCAAAUUUGAACACUAAUGCAAUGCACCAUCAAUUCUACACACCAUAACACUGUACCAAAAGUGUGCACACAAGGAGACUAUACCUCAAAUAUAACCCAAAACAUUUUACCCAAAAUAUUAGCACCAGAACAUUAUACCCAAAAUAUGAACACCAGAGCACUGCACCCCUAAAUAUGAACACCAGAACACUGCACCCCCAAAUGUGCACACCAGAACAUUAUACCCCAAAUAUGAACACCAGAGCACUGCACCCCUACAUUUGCACACUACUGCAAUGCACCCUCAAAUGUGCACACCAGAAACGAGUACCACACAUUUGCACACAGAAUACUUCACCCUAAAAUAUGCACAUAUCCUAAAAUAUAUGCACUACAGCACUGCACACCCAAAUGUGCAAACUAGAGCAUUGCACCCCUAUUUGUGUAUGCCAUAAUGCUAGACCCCCAAAUGGCCACAACAGUACACAUAACCCAACUGUGUAUACAACAUCACUGCACAUCAGAUCCCCCACCUUACCUUCUAAACACUGAAGUCCAUCUUUUCCUGGGGGUAGAAUCCUGCAUUUGAUGACAGCUGACCCUGGUUCCCUGCUCUAGUUUGGGGCAGUAUUCCUGUUACUGUGUCAUGUAAUCUACCGAUGUAAUUACUUAAUAAACCAUUUUAUACUCCCAAA